AUGUCGGCUAAGACAAAGCUACAAUUGUUCCUAAUGUUUGUUUAUUUUGGUUUCGCUUACCCAGAAAUAUAUCGCAAUGAUAAUUCAUUUAAUGCCGAGUUCAGCAUAGUGAGCAAUAACAAACGGUUGUUAAGUGGACUUAUUUUGUCAGAGAAGUCUCCAACGAUUGGCCAUUGCCUUUACAAAUGUGUUUUAACAAGAACUUGCAAAUCAAUAAACUAUUAUUUUGAAUUAAAUAAAUGUGAGCUGCUCUCUAAUGAAAUUAAGGAUGAAGAUGUUACAAUUGAGUCGAGCAAUGGAUGGAUACACUAUCAAACCGAACCUGCUGCAGAACAGGUUGAAGAUGUUACAAUUGAGUCGAGCAAUGGAUGGAUACACUAUCAAACCGAACCUGCUGCAGAACAGGUUACGCCAACCAUUAAAAGUAUUGUAUCAACCACAAAAGUUACAACAUUUACGUCAAGUUGUGCAGAGCUUUCACCUUGUCCCCAUCACACCUGUCAAGACACAUUGUCAGGCUAUCAAUGCAUCUGUAAAUUUGGAUACACCGGAGCAACCUGUGAAACUCCACCUCUAAAGACAUUCUCAGCUUGCACAUCAACUAAUGACUGUGAAACUGUUCUCGGUCAAGCGGCAGCGUGCUUGUCAAGUGGAAGAUGUUUAUGCCGUGCAGGUUGGAUUGGAAGCAACAAUGUUUAUGUUGGUUCUACAACCAGCAGUUACUCAACAAGCGUGGUGGCAGAAGGUACAUGCAGCAUGCCUUGUUCGACUCAUAUCAGAUUAAACACUUGUGGAUCGAAAUACGUGUUUCAAGACUUCUGCCAAGACCCUUCACCAGAAGAACAACUUGCUACCGAUGGUUUGUUACCUUCUUCAUAUAAACGACAAUGUGAUCCAGCUUGCUCAAAUACUGGAACAUGUUCUUUUUUCAUCCCGGGAGGGUGUGAAUGUGAGUAUGGUUGGUCUGGUCCAAAUGCUUGUUAUCAUGACGGACUGGGUACCAAUAAAAUUAUUGCUGUUCACUGCAAUGUUGAAUGUGAGUACGACGCAACUUCACGUAACUUGGCCUGCAUAGAAAUGUGAAAGAGUGAAGAAUGGAACGGGAAUAGUCGUUCAUCAAGACAAACAAUUCACCUAAUUUAACGUUGGAAAUAAAAAGACGCAAAACAUAGUGCGUGAAUAGUCAGUCGAAUUUUAGCUCUAUAUGUACUUUUAAGGCAUCGAGUUAGCGGAAAAGUUUUUUUGCAGGUUUACCAAGCGGUGACGAGACGGUGGUGUUUUGUAUAGUUUUAUUAAUUUUAUUGACGCGUGUUGCACGAACACAAUAAUACAAUGUUUUGUAAGCAUAUUUAUGGUUUCUCAACCUUAUCAGUCUGUGUAUAUGUAAAAUUAUAUUGACCGGCGUCAGCAGGUAUUCACCAAACGGAGUAAAGAUCAUGGAUGUGACAUAUGCAGUACGUUCCCGUAUAAACAGGCGCAAGGUUAAUAUAUCAUUUUUAUUUAAAUCAGGCGACUUUUACUGUUAUUUGCAUUUUUUUUUUUUAUGUAAAAAUGUGUAAAAUUGAGAAAUUGUAUUUUCUGUACAAAUAAGUUUCAUUAUGAGUACAAAAGAAAAAUUGGUUUGUUA